GAGAAGCAAAUGACAAGAAAGAAAGAAAAACAGUAUGAGAAUGGUGAGAGAGGCCAACAAGAAAAGAAGAAGCAAGGAAAACAAGAUGAAUGGCAAGAAAAGCGAAUGGUAAAGAAGGAAGGCAAAGAAAAAAGAAAACAAAUAACAAGGAAAGCAAAUAGCAAGGAAGGAAG